CAGUAUAGUUUAGAUGGCUUUGCUCAAAGAAUCAACCCCCAUACAUUACCCACUUAAUUUACAAAUUCUAUACACUAAACACUACCAAAUCAAAGAUGCAGUUAACCAUAUAUUGGAUUUUAUUCAUGUUUCUCUGUGCUGUGCAGAUGCCGCUCGAAAUAAAAGCUAGAUCCGUGCCAGACUUGAAGCCCGAUGAGACACAAGACGCCAACGCUCCUUCACAUAUCAGGCGUAUGCCACGGAAAAUUCCCGAUAUGCCUAUGGAUCUACUCACGAUGCACUCCCCCUGUGACAUGGACUCGAGGGGCAGGCAGAGCUAUGUGUUUGCUUUUCCCAACCAUUGCAUUUGGGCCUUCAAUAAUCGGUACUUGAGCGAAGGCCACUUUCGCAUCUUCAAAACUUAUCAGGUGGAAGGGUUUUUCUUUGGCCAGUACUACGAGCGUCUAAAGCGUUACGAAUUCGACCCACAUACCUACGAUUACAACUUGUAACUUCAACCUUCAUCGAUAUAAUUUGUAUAAUAAAAUUAUGAUUAAUGUAUUAA